AAAUCGUAUUCAAAACUAAUUGAGAGAUGAAGAUCACUUAAUGACUGACGAUGAACAACUAUUCAUUCUAGACGUCGAUCAAGAUGAAACUGUGGAGAACUUGAAAGCUCUUUCGGAAGAAAAGACAAGAGUGCCACAGCUUCAGCAGCUGCUGUAUAAUGGGAUUGUAAUGAGGAAUAAUGAGAAACUUGGCGCUCUCGGUGUUGGUGAUAGAGAUUUGAUCGUGAUGGUCUUCAAUUCUUCGUCUUCCAAUGCUAGGUUUGUAGCAUCACCAAAUGAGUCAGGGUUCAGUCCAGAUGGUUCUGCUGUGAACCCCUUGGCUUUUCAGCAACAGCUUCGAAACUAUUCUAAUGUGAUGACCGAGCUGUUCCAGAGUGAUCCCGAGUUGGCACAAGCUAUCCUUGGAAAUGGUCUCAAUAUGAUCCAAGAUAUUUCAAGCACGCGUAAUCGCCAGAGAGGUGAAUUAUGGGGUCAACGAGAAGAGGAAAUGAAAGCAAUAGAUGAAAUAUGGGCUGCUGCCAUAGAUUACAAUCCUGAAGCUUUUGCAAAGGAGGUAAUGGUAUAUGUUGAUAUGGAAGUUAAUAGCGUUCCAUUGAAGGCCAUUGUUAGCAGUGCAGCUCAGUCAACAAUUAUAUCUAAAAGCUGUGCCGAGCGUUGUGGACUGUCGAAGCUUAUAGAUACACGGUAUAGGGGAAUUGCUCGAGGAGUCGGUCAGUCUGAGAUAAUUGGCCGGAUACAUGUUGCUCCCAUCAAGAUUGGGAAAAUAUUUUACCCGUGUUCCUUCACAGUCCUGGAUUCUCCCAACAUGGAGUUCCUUUUUGGGUUUGAUAUGCUGUACAAGUUUCAGUGUACAAUUGAUCUGAAGGAAAAUGUCUUGAGAGUUGGCCUUGGAGAGGUUUCUGUGCCUUUUCUGACAGAGGACAUUCUAUCUAGUUUAUUUGAUGAAAAGAGGUACACCAAGGAAGUGUCUAGCUCAGGAGUACAAGGACCUGAUUUUGAAGCAAAAGUUGCAAAGUUUGUUGAGCUAGGAAUUGAAAGAGAACAAGUGAUUAAGGCUUUAAAGGCUAGCGGAGGUAAUGAAGAUCUAACUGCUAUAUUCCUCUUAUUGGGUGGAUAUUAACUUAGUUAAACGUUGUCAAUCAUGAUUUGUGACUGCAAAAGAAAAUCUUGAGCACAUUGAAGAUUACAGAGUUUACUACUGUUAAGUUCACAAACAAUGGCAUUAGAAGGUAGGUCCCUGUCUUAAUCCCCAUUGUAUCAGAGAUUAUAAAAAAAUUCGAGUAAUAAGGGAAUCAAAUAAAGUAAGUUAUCUUAA